AUGGCUGCCCACACCUACGAGACGAUCCAAGAAUUAAACUUCACAGCCGCCAAGAUAGCCGCCCACACCGGAGACAAGGCUAGCCGCGAAUUGAUUGAAGCCUGGGUCCCAGAUGAAAGCCCAGUCAUUGUACCGAUCUAUCGCCGGCAUACAAAGCCCUGUUCAGUCACUUCCAGACCUGCAUCAUUGGCCGUUGAUUGUCUUAACUGCUCGUCAGGGUUCUCAACUGGCACCCAACUCUCAUCUAUGGCAGAAAUUCGGAUGCUCUGGAGGAUUCACGCACAUGGCGCGUCAACUCCACGGCGGGGUGUUGGCGCGCGUCACGGACGACGGGAUCGUCUUAGAGGCAUUCGCGCUGAUCAACGGAUGAGGCAGGGCUGCGCACUCUCCCCCGCCAUCUUAACCCUCAUGUUCUUUGUCAUACUGAUGGAAGCCUACCGUGAUGAGCGCCCCGGAUCCGUAUCACCCACAGGACCGAUGGGCAUCUUCUCAGCAGUCAGCACAUGCAGGCCCAAAUACGUCGCUCCACGACUAUCGUCCAGGAUCUGCUCUUCGCAGGCGAAUAUGCACUCCACACCGCAACGGAACCAGGUAUGCAACGGAACAUGGAUUUCUUCGCCUUCGUCGGCGCCAACAUCGGGCUGA